AUGAAUCAUCAGCACUUGCACCAGCCUGUCAACUCGUACCCCGGCCCUGGACCCAACGGCAGUCGACAGGACGCCAAAGCCCCCAAAAACGACCAGUUUAAUCCCCACCCAGAAGACGACAAAUCCAACGAACACAUCUUCCACAACAGCAUCCACGCCCACAAUUUCUCGGGACCAGCCCUCAACGAGUUCGAGCACCACUCGCCUCAGAAUUACCUCGAUUCCAACUGGGAGCCUAACAUGCUCAUGGACAACAACGGCGAAAUGCUCUACAACGUGGACUUGCCGCAGCAGGGCCACCUUCAGUCCAGCAACAACCAUCCCAACUCCAUAAUGCAGAGCAUUCAGUAUCAGAACAACAUACAUCAAGACGCAGGAGUUCCCACCAACGAGCACAAGAUUGGUGCCUUCAACGGAGACACCCAGGCCCAUCCAGACAUGAUGGGCAACCCUCCCCAAAACGAAGCUCCAGAAGGUCCUGGCGACAAGUCUGCAAGCUCAAUGUCGCCACUGUCCAUGAACACCAAGGCCACCAAACACAGGCGUCCUUGUGACCAUUGUCGGCGUAGAAAGACCAAGUGUGUCAUCAUCCCCAAUACCAAUAACUGUGUGCAAUGUGAGGCCAAAUCGUUGACUUGUACAUACACCAGCCAGGCUGUCAAGAGAAAAGCCAUAGAAACCGAUUUUGAUGCGUCCAGGAAGAAAUCUGACAACGACCCCAGGUCCAUGGAAGGGUACAACCCAAACCUAGCAUUGUUACAAGGCGACCAAUCUGGAAUCGUGCCGCCCAAUGUCCCUAUCCGAGACGUCCAGCCAGUCCAAGACUACUCUUCCAUGAACAAUUCGUUGUUGAAGAAAACGUUAUCCCUUCAGUUCCCUAGAUCCAGUUUUUAUGUUGGUCCAACCUCGUAUUUAUAUGAUAUUAACCUAUUGAAUAUGAUUCUAGACUCUCAGAAAAAGCCUGGAUCCACUCCGAACACUGGCAGAUCCACCCCCACUAGUGGUGGAGGGGGCAAGAUUGAACAAGUGAACUUAAAUGACAACGUUUCUCUCAGAAAGGUAUCUGACAAGGUCCAGUUCAUUCUCAAGGACGACCAGUCCCCUCAUUCAUAUCAGUCCAUGUCUAAUGACGUUGACACCAUUGAAAAGUUCAUUGCUCCUCAUGGCCAGAUCUUGAUUGAUCUAUACUUCAGAAUCAUCCAUCCAUCCUACCCUAUACUCCAUAAGAAGGUUUUCCUCGAAAAAUACUCUCGUACCCACCGUGAGUUCAGCGCCCCUUUAUUGGCUGCCGUGUAUGUGUUAGCGAUUCAAUGGUGGGAUUACGAUCCUCAAUUAAAUAGAUUUCCCAAACCAAACGUGGAGUUGAUUUUGAAGAUUGGAUUAAACAACUACCUUUUGGAGAUCUUGAAAAGACCCAAACUCAGUGCAGUGCAAGCAGGACUAUUGCUAUUGCAGUGCAAAAAUGUGAUUCAUUCCUCACCCAAUGCUUCUGCUCCAAUCACUGGAAACGACAAAAAGCUCAUCAGCAAUAUCAACUUGAGCGUAGGAGAUUCCGACUACAGUGAUUGGGUAUUGUGUUCCCAAGUAGUUUCUCUUGCCGAAGAGCUUGGUUUGGGACUUGAUUGCAACAACUGGAAACUACCAAAAUGGGAAAGAGGCUUGCGCAAAAGACUUGCGUGGGCUGUUUAUAUGGAAGACAAAUGGCUAUCUGUGAAGAACUCCAGGCCAUCGCAUAUUCAUGAAAACAACUGGGUAGUCUUGUCCUUGGCAGAAGAAGAUUUCCCUGAAAAGCACGGAGACGGAGACCUAAAGGAAGGUUCUUCCGAUAUCGAUAAUGGAAAGAAGAUUUUCCAGAACUACAUUAGACUUUCGAUGAUUCUCUCCGAAAUACUUGACCAGUUCUAUUCCAUGAAGGCUAUGCAAGAAAUCACCGAAGUCAACCAAGUAUUGAAGCUUGCCAAGCCCUUGCAAUUGAAGCUCAGAAAUUGGUACCAUUCGUUGCCAGUGGAGCUCCAAAUGAGCUCAGUCCAACCAAGAAAGUUAUGCUCUAACGGUUAUCUUCAACUAGCAUAUUUUGCAACGGAAUUGAGUCUUCACCGUAAGAUCAGCACUGUGAUCUAUCAGCAAACCUUGGCUGGAAAUCCUCCUCCUCCCGAGUUGGUCAAUGUAUGCCGUACAGCAGCCAAGACCCGUCUCAUUGGAUCUAUAGAAUUUGUGAGAGAUCUCAAGCCAGAACACAUCCAUUCGUUCUGGCACUCGUCUGCUGCCUCCAACUUCACCCUCAUAGGAACAUUCGCUGCCAUUCUUUUCAUGUCAGCACCAAACAGAGAGGAAGCAGACUUCUACCGUGACCAAAUCUUCAAUUACAGGUGGAUACUCAAGAUGUCCUCCAAAGGAUUUGACCAGGUGGCUGAAGCAUUGAGCCAAUUAGAUCUUGUUUUGAACCACAUUCCCGGCCUUUUCAACGACAAUGCAGAACUUCCAAUGGUCGUUCCCAACGUCCCCACUGUGGAUUUAAACAAUACACCUUCCAAACCAGCCAAUGAAAAGGCCAACCAGACAGCAAGCCCAGGUCAUAGACCGUCAAUCAGCAGCCAGCAAUCGUUUGCCAACGGGCAGACGCACAAGAAUAGAGUAAGAGCAUUGCAUGGACGUGCCAACAGCCAAGCGGGAGGAGAGGACUCGCCAUAUGGAUCACCACAGAGCUACGGAGUCCCAGGUGGAGCAUCUCCAAACACACAGCAAACUAUUUCCAGAGGAGGCAACUUUGUGGUCAACUCGCCUCAGUCGUCCCAGGGAUUAUCUCCCAAGGACAUCAUCAAACAGCAAAGACUGGUGAAUGCGGAAACCUUCAACAAGCGGUCUCCCAGCUCGUUGCAAAAUGUUCCUGUUUUAUCUAGAGGAGAAAGCAAUGGCUCUGAGGAGUAA